CAUAUAUGUCAAUGUCAAAAGAAUUGUCCGCCAUGCCCGUCGUGGGCGCCGUGUCACUGUUUUGUUUUUCGGUUUACUAAAACUAAAUUAAGAAAUAACCAUCCAUAUUUAAUAAUUAAUCAUGGUGUCCAGUGAAGAAGAAGUAGAAGCAAAACCAGCCGAUACAGUAGAAUGGGACGUAGACAUGGAAAAUCAGUUAUUUUACGCCAUGGCCAACCAUAAACCGGUCGGCAUCAACAAACAUUUUCAGAUGGCUUGUAUUUGGGAAAAACUAUCAAAUUCAAUAACUAAAGAGAUCUCCACGCAAGAUAUUUGGAAGCACUUAGAGUCUCUUUACGAUAUAUCGAUGCUAGAUGACACGGAACCGAUUCCUUUUCCAAAUCAUGAGGUGCCAUUUUGUUUGCCCGAAAGCGAGUUUGGCACGCUUAUGAAGCAAAAAUCUAAGGAUGGUCCGUUAUCUGACGACGCGGAAGCAACUCGCCUAGAAGACCGAAGCCCCUCUCCAAAAGUCUCUACCCCUAGAAGCAGUUCGCGGGGCACUGCCUCUAAAGAUAGUACUCCAAAAGUGGUGCCGGCAGGCCGCAAAGACAGUGCGUCAGCGCAGCCCAAGUCACGCAAAGAGAGCGGCAGUUCGCACGCCUCCACGGACACUCCCAGCAUCAAAUCCGAGAAGGACUAUGAUCGAAGAAGAGACUCACGAGACUCCAAUGCUUCGGGUCCCCGAGAUAGCUCUUCUGGCAGAAAAUCUACGUCACAUAAGGAGAGAGCUCCGAAGAAUAAAGGCUGGGACUCGCCGCUAGCGGAUGAGGAGGGCGGGCGGCGCGGGCGGCGGCGCACGCACGCCGCCACGCCGCCCGCCGGGCCCGCCGCCAAGCGCCGCCGCGUGUGAACCCGGGGACACGCCGCCCGCCGGGCCCGCCGCCAAGCGCCGCCGCGUGUGAACCCGGGGACACGCCGCCCGCCGGGCCCGCCGCCAAGCGCCGCCGCGUGUGAACCCGGGGACACGCCGCCCGCCGGGCCCGCCGCCAAGCGCCGCCGCGUGUGAACCCGGGGACACGCCGCCCGCCGGGCCCGCCGCCAAGCGCCGCCGCGUGUGAACCCGGGGACACGCCGCCCGCCGGGCCCGCCGCCAAGCGCCGCCGCGUGUGAACCCGGGGACACGCCGCCCGCCGGGCCCGCCGCCAAGCGCCGCCGCGUGUGAACCCGGGGACACGCCGCCCGCCGGGCCCGCCGCCAAGCGCCGCCGCGUGUGAACCCGGGGACACGCCGCCCGCCGGGCCCGCCGCCAAGCGCCGCCGCGUGUGAACCCGGGGACACGCCGCCCGCCGGGCCCGCCGCCAAGCGCCGCCGCGUGUGAACCCGGGGACACGCCGCCCGCCGGGCCCGCCGCCAAGCGCCGCCGCGUGUGAACCCGGGGACACGCCGCCCGCCGGGCCCGCCGCCAAGCGCCGCCGCGUGUGAACCCGGGGACACGCCGCCCGCCGGGCCCGCCGCCAAGCGCCGCCGCGUGUGAACCCGGGGACACGCCGCCCGCCGGGCCCGCCGCCAAGCGCCGCCGCGUGUGAACCCGGGGACACGCCGCCCGCCGGGCCCGCCGCCAAGCGCCGCCGCGUGUGAACCCGGGGACACGCCGCCCGCCGGGCCCGCCGCCAAGCGCCGCCGCGUGUGAACCCGGAUUUGUUCCACCAGGACACGUGGUACAGGUUGACAGGCUAAGACGGUCGGUGUGCACUGUGCGAGCGGGACAGCAUUAUAAUUAUGCACGUGCGAUAGCAAUACCAACAGGCCGGUCUAUGUACGAAACUCUUCGUGCUGAGGCCUUAUUUUAUAAGUACUUAUUUAAGUCACUUCUUUAAUUUUUUAAGAAAAAUUUCCUCGAAUGGGACCCAAGAAGGCAAUACGAGGUCUAAAUAACUACGACUUGUAUUUUUUAUUAUAUAUUUUACCAACGAGUACAUAAGAAAAUUAUGUUCAAAAUAAAUCCAAGUUUUGAUAAAUAAAUAAAGCCUAGAGUUAAGUAGCAGUAUUA